CAUGUCAGCAGUUCGAUAACACGUAGGUUUGCUCUCCUCAGGGAACUGUAAUAUCACCAUUGUUUUGCAAGGACCCUCAGCGAAGGCUAACAUCUACUUCCUCAAGAAACUGACCACUUUAGCAGGCCCUGCUCGUAUCCCUGCUAAGGAUGAAGAGCACUACAAUUGCUAGCAAUUCGCGGAGGGCUCUGUGCCAUUCGCAACCUAGGGCGCGGCAGACUCGCACCAUUCGCUGUUGUGUCUUCCACCCUGAGAGCUACUCGCCUCAUCCGGAUGCCAUUAAGAGGCGACAGGAAGCUGAAGCUGCACGCCGGCAGCGGGAGCGGGAGCGCUCAGAGGCGCAAAUGAAACAGGCCAUGGGACUGAAAUGGUGGGAAGGGUCCCUGCCUCCCAACAUGGUUGCUGUUGCGACUCCAAGGGAGCUCGACAUGCUGUCACGUCAGGCGAGCGCAUCUGGGCGAACAGUGCUUAUUAACUUUUUCCAAGAUGACUGCUAUGCGUGCCGGGCGCUCCAUGGAAAGCUGAAGAAGUUGGCGAUGGACCAUCCUGAAGUCCUGUUUCUGAAAGUAAACGGCAGCACAGAUGCGUUACGACCUGUAUUUGAGGAGAACGAGGUAACCAAGGUGCCGUACUUCCACUGCGUCCGCGAUGGGCGUGUUCUCUCCCGUUUCAGCGCUUCGCUGAAUCCGGAGAAGCUGGCGCUGCUCCGCAACGAGCUUCUGGCUGCAGGCCGCGCUCGGCAGGCAUCCGUCAUCUCAACCGCGUGAUUUGUACAAUCCCUAUUCUACUUCUCCGUGCGUUGCGCCAUCUAUCAACAAGGUGGGGCAGCUGCCAGAGGGACGUGACACAUCCAAAAAGAAGAAAGCAAGCUGCGAUACAGACGUUGAAGAAUUCUUCGGCGCUUGAAUUACUUGAACUAACUGUAAUCCUGGUCGUCGUGUCGCUGUGUGGAGGUUUUCGAGCGGUUGGCCUUUUCGUAGCGUCGGCGAACGGUUAUGGCUGGGGAAGAGGACUGUGGUGAGAGUUGGGAGAGGGAGGGACUGGAGGGUUUGCAGCGGAGAUUGGCAGAGCACGUAGGUGAGGAAGAGGGUAGCGAGGUCUGAGUAAGGCGUAACGGUGGUGUGCCAGUGCCCCGCCACUUGAACGGAACUAUUGCAGGUUGCAUUUGGGGACGCCUGGGCUAGCGUUUCAGCUCACGCAUCAAAUUGUCGGACGAGGUAACAGUGAACACAAACCUCCUAAUAGGACCGACAUGUAUGCGUGGGCGGCUGACAGGUACUGGCUGCUGUGGGGGUCUGUAGGGCUGCAGAGGAGGGGUAGAGAUAUGGGGUGUGGGGCUUCUUGGUCGUUGCUGUCUCUACUGCUCGCGGGAAGUGGACUGCAUUCAUGCUAUGUACCGGGCUGUACGGGGCUCACCGCGUUUGCGCCCAAUGUGCGACAACGCUGUGCUGCCGAGCAAGGUUGCAAUCUAGUCUGCAAUCGGUUUAGGCUUUGAGAGAAAAAGAGAGUAAUGUGUGGGAGAGGUUUUUCUGAGAAGAGAGAACGUUUGUGAUGUCAGCAUGCGAGAGGAUACAUUCCCUUCUCGUACUUGGUGCUUUGAGGUACGGCGCUCUGCCUUGUGUGCUUUGUCAGCAUCCGGGUAUUGGUAUUUGAUUAUGGACGCCUUUGUCAAUUCAUUUAGGCCUUUGCGCGUGUGUGUAUAUAAUACUUAGGCACCUUUCAACAGCUAGAAAGGAAGAAGGAUGGAGGGUGUGGCAAGUGCCCUUCGCAAGGCGCUGUGCGCAGCUGUUUGGCAACUGGAUGGUGGUGGGGUCGCAUGUACGGCUGUUCAAGUUGCGCUUUUCGUGUUCAGCAAGAGGCUGCCUUCACAGCUGCCUCAUCCACAUGUGCGCGUUGCGGCGUGUUGCUGACCAACUCGGCCACAUCAUUCUUAACUCGGUGUGCAGGGCGCUGCACUAUAUGCGGCGUGUGGGGUCCAUGGCUUGCGGAUGUUGGGUUGGGAGGUUAAGUGAUGUCGCUUCAUGUUUGUGGAGCUAGGGGGGAGGCUCAUGCACCGGUAGUCAUGUUGGAUUGUUGAGAUGGUACCGGUAGAAGGUGUAAGCGCCAACGGGCUCCUUUGGAUAUGCGUUCUGCUUUUUGUGCGGUGAGAUGCGUGGGGCGAACUGACUUGAGCAUUGACUGUUACUUGGUGGUUUAGGUUUGUUGCGGAUGCUGUGGUCAGACAUGCAGUGUUUAGAGCGUUGUGGCACGGAAGAUUCUUUGUGUGUGCAUUGAGUCACAGCCCUUACUUGCUGUGCAGCUGUACUAUCGCCAACUGUAGCUUUCUGUGCAUGCUUAAAUGUAUUUUGAAUGUAAUAUUCUUAGAUAA